ACCUGCUUACGAAUUUACGAAAUUGGGUGUGUGAUAACCUUGAAUAGUGCCAUCUAUUGGUUAUCAACCUCAGGACGUCACAGCUUCGCGCAUAGGGUCGUUAAUUUUUUUGCGGAUAUUUCUUAUAAUGAUUGUACCACGGACAUCAUGAUGUUCAGUAUUAACAAUUGACAGUCCUAGUAAACACCUAACCCCGUUACAAAUCUAUGAAUACAAAACUUUGUGUCGAUAUCAUAUGCAUUUUAUCAUCGUUGAUUGUUUGUGUUUUCUUCUGCUUUUGCAAUAUAGGUCAAUGAAAAUAAAUGGAUCCCUUCCUCACAGACGCAUCUCAGAGUGAUCGGUUCAUUAAUUAGUAUUGGUGUCAAAUAAUAGAGGUUAUGUAUUCUUAUUACUGUGCAGUACCCAUCGAUGUUAUAUAAGAAGAAUGAACCAUGGUUUUUCAUCGUUCUACGUAGGGAAAUAUCACUGAACUCAAACAGAAUGGGAAAUCGAAAUAACUAUUUAAUAAAGAUUGACUAUUUGGAGUUGAGCUUCUUUUUUGAUUUUCAAAAUGCAAUGAGAGUUUAAAAAAAUGUUUGAAUCACCGAAAAGUCUUGAAGAGGUCUGCAUUGACUUCAUCUGUGAGAAUGUCCUUGCUCUGUGUGAACUGCAGCCUGGUGAUUCUGGCGGCAUAAGUGUGAGCUCUACAGAUGUGGCUAUUGAUGAUCCAUUCCGUGCUUCGACGAGUGAGGGUAGUGUGAUCAUAUCAUCGGAAACAUUUACCAACUGCUCUGUGGACAACAUUUCAAAUGGAACUGCACCGAGACUAAGUUUCAAGGAUCCUGACGUGUUUUUACCAGCAGAGAUAUCUGAACAACUUUUGGCAAAUCUCUGCGAGAAAAAAGUUUUAUCAGACCUCACAAUCACUUUGUUCGAUGCAAAAACUACAAGAUUAAGGCACGUGAAGCUGAAAGAUGCAUCUAGUCUAUCGACUAAAGGAUUGAAAGUAUUGAAACAACAUAAAGUCAUCGAUCUAGAAGUAAAAGGGAUGAAGAUAACAAUAAAUGACUUAAUAAGUUGUCUUAGUGAAUGGAGCUUGCUCAACCUGCGGUCUUUGAGUGUUGCUAAGGGAAGCUUCAUAGAUUGUUCUAGAGUCUGCGUGUUUUUAGCGUUAAGCAAAUUACGAGCCCUUCAAACAUUAAAUGUUUCUGGUACAGAAUUUAAUAAACACGGAUUGGAAAUUGUCGUUGAAGACCUGCCAUCUUUAGAGACUCUUGAUAUUUCCUGUACUCGUGUUGAUGAUAUAACACCCUUAAGAAAAUGUAAAGACCGGCUGAAAAGUCUCGCAAUGUACAAUCUGAAGAUAAGUGGCUACGCAAAUUUGAAAUCAGUGCUGCUUGAAUUAAAUGAAUUAAGGCAUCUUGACAUUUCUGAUGAACGUGAUUCAUACACAUUUGAGAUGUUUGCACCAAUAAGAUCCAAAAUAACAGAUGUACUACGUACUGUGAAUUGUAUGCCAUACUUGACAAGCUUAGAUAUAUCCGGAAAGGAUGAAAUCGAAGUUCGGGAUCUUAAGGAGUUUAUAAAAUCUCAUCCAUAUUUAGAAUUUUUGGGUCUCGUACAUUCAGAUGUAUGCUAUGAUGAUAGUCUCGCCAACCCAGCUAAUAAAGAUUAUCGACCGAAUCUCAUGGUCAGCGGUAUGGCAACCGAGACUCAGAUCCUUGAAGCGCUUCGACGAUAUCCUCACAGACCAGUUUAUGUGCAGAAAUGUCUCUACAAUUUGUUCCGCUUGACGCCGUACUUCAAUGAAGCACGUGUCGACGUAAUUCAACUCGUAUUACCUGGAAUGCGUGCUCAUCCAGAUGAGUUUCGCGUCCAAAUGGCUGCAACAGCAUGUCUCUAUAACUUGACUAAGGGUGAAUUGGCAAUGAGAAUUCAUCCUAAUAUUCUUAAACAAAUUGUGGAUCUCACAUUGGUAGCCAUGGAGUCAUAUCCGAAUCAUUAUCAAUUACAGAAGAACACCUUGCUUACUCUGUGCAGUGAUCGAAUUCUACAAGAUGUCGCUUUUGAUAAAUACAGAUGUGCGAAACUGGUUAUGAAUUGUCUCUCGGCGUUCGAUGACCCAUCGAUGAAUCGGAUGUCAGUGGCAAUAUGUUCAAUUCUAGCCGCUAAAAUAUCGACGGUGGAAACUUCAAUGUUGGGAGCAAAACCUCAAUAUAUGUCUAAAUUACUUUCAAUGGUCAGAUCAAAGAUUGAAUCAAAAUCAGUGGACAUAACCAUGAGAUUUACACUGAGUGCCUUAUGGAAUUUGACGGAUGAAAGCGCGAUAACAUGCAAAGUGUUCUUGGAAGAAGGUGGCAUGGAUUUGUUUUUGGAUGUACUUGAGGGUUUUCAAGGUGAAUCCAGUGUGGAGACCAAAGUUCUGGGGUUACUCAACAAUAUUGCUGAGGUUGCCCAAUUGAGACAGAGACUCAUGCGACCACGAUUCAUGAUCAUGCUAUCAUUUUUGCUGGAUUCGGAACACAUUGAUGUAUCUUACUUCGCAGCUGGUAUUGCUGCUCAUUUGUUAAGCGAUGGUAUACACGCCUGGGAAAAUUGGAUGGCACCACCGACUAUACCAAACAGACAGCAAUUGCUAGAGCAAUUGGAAAAAGCUGUUACUAAGUGGCAAACUCCACAAGGUGAAAUGGUAGCCUACCGAAGUUUUCAGCCAUUCUUUCCACUUUUACGAUGCAAUGAGGCUAAUCCAGUUCAGCUAUGGGCAGUAUGGGCUAUUCAUCACGUCUGCACGAAAAACCCAAAACGUUAUUGCGGUAUGCUAGUGCGAGAGGGGGGUGCCGACAUACUACGGAUACUGGAGCAGAACAAGAGCGAAACUGAAGCACAGCCGAACGUGAGAGCCCUCUGUCGCUCAAUUUUAGAAACCCUCGCUUUACAUCGGUGCUGACAUGGCAAGUUGGACUUUCGUGGUUUCGGAAAAUUCAACGUACUCCAGUGUUAUGGUGGCAUUCUAGUCAAUUCAAAAAGCCUCGCAGCAGUGCAAGCUUUUCUUUGAUGAAUAUUAUUUUGUUGAUCUCUUCUUGUUGAAAACUAAAAUGAAUAAAUUCACAUAAAAUCAUCUAGAUAUAAAAAAUAUUCGAUUAAUUUAUGGAUAAGUCUUUCGCCAAUGAUGAUAAUUCCUAUCAUGGUUAUAACUAUGGUCUGCUUUAUGCAAGCAAUUUCGAACACAUUCUAAUAUAGGAUGUAGGAUGGGAAAUCAAACAGAUAAUUGUGAAUCGAUACGAUUAUCGAUAUUGCGAUACUAUAAAUGUCCGUAUAGAUAUGAAACAAUGAUUCAAUUUUUGCGCUCUCACUAUGAUCUAGUUAAUAGUAUAAAUGAGGUCACAUAUGCCAAAAAAUGGUUUUUUUAAAUUAAGGCUGUAGCCAAACUUGUCUUAGAUGUUCCUAUAUAUAACUGGCCAUUCAAAGCAAAAAAGAACAACUAAAAAAAAUAAUGUUUUUUAAUAAACUAAACUAUCGCAUGGAUUUUUGUUGCCUAACUUGCGAGAACAUAAUUAAUGUACUUCGAAAAUAAAAUUUCUUAGUAGAA